AUGCUCAGUUUAUCGUCUGUGACAAAUAUACUUGGUGAUUGUGUAUUUUCAAAUUGUACAAAACUUGCAACUUUGAUUUUGUCAAAUCUGAAGCUUGUUAGUUCCGAUUAUCUUCUUUUGUUUGAUAACUGUUCAAAUCUCAAAGAUAUUUACUUCGGCAAUAUGCCACCUAAUAAACUCUCUCCCAACAUUUCAUUUGAAGGAAUGAAUAUACAUGUACCAUCAUGGGAAAAUUAUAUAUCUCAAUCUGAAGAAAUUUCGCCAAACCACUAUAAAUGGCAUGGUUUCGAAUUCAUAUAUCAUCCAAUAACACCCGAACCAACAACAUAUGAGCCACUAUCAAGUUCUCCAACACAAAAUACUGAUAAACAAAGAAAGAAAAGAGUUAUUUUGAUUUCGGUUUCUGUUUCAAUUAUUAUAAUUGUUAUCAUAGUAAUAUUAGCAAUAUUACUCCUGAUUACACGAAAUAAGAGAAAAGGAGAAUUGAUUACAUCACAGGCACUUAUAAUGCAAACAUAA